GUGAUGAUGAUCAGCAAAAGGCUGAACGCAUGUUGAAUGGGCGCACCAACCUAAAUAAGGCCAUCUCUGACAGCGACCCGGACGUGUUCAAGAACUUCAAAGCACUGCAAGGGCGAAGGCCAAUGAGAGCCAUCAAGGACAGCACAGAGCUUUCAAGCGGAGAUGCUGACUUGGCACAGCCGUUCGUCCUUCGAAAAGGACGCAAUUUGUUGAAGUUCUUGCUCAAGGACGAAACACAGCGAGGCAUCCUUGAGGUUACAUUCAACAAGUUCAAGGCGGAUGUGAAGAGUGGUUCCGAGACCAAGCACUUCCAGGUGAUCAACGAAGAGGAGAAGGAGAUAAACUCAGCAAUUCACAGCAAAGUCAAGGAGGUCUUGCCGUCCACAUGGGCUGAGAUGGACACACGUAGUGCUUUGGAAGGAGAAGAAGUAGAUGACACAGCAUUUAACCAGUUGAUGGGCGUUUGGAUCCUCGCCAACAAAGAAGGUUCAGUUUCUUCUGGCUUAGAAGCCGGUGGAUUUCAGUCGCUCCGGAUGCAAGUGCAAGGUGGCAGGUUGGUAGCUUUAGCUGAUGCCAGGGAGCUUUGCCACUACUACCGGGAGAAUUCCAUGGAGAAGGUUCUGGAUAAUUUUGGCAAGAUGAAUUUGGACAAUUGUCCGGACGCCUGGGAGGUGCCAAGCCUCAGCUUCGAAUACCUGAAGACUGGGGACCUGCUCUACACCCCUCCUGGCUUUAUGAUUUGGGAAAAGUUCAUUUGCGACACCUCAGUUGCGUUGCGAACAAACCUGUUCUACUUCACAGCCCCUUUGGCGGAUGCAUUCAUGGCAGCUAUGUCACAAGUUGCCUCAAGGCCAAUGUCAGAGCUGAUGGUCAUGAUUACGGAACAUCACUUCCCUGCCAGCGAAGAACCGUCCCCACUCCUUUUCAACGAUGGCCUCGAAGACUUCGUGCAGCCUACUAUUGCUUUGCAGGCAGAGUCACUGGAGUCAACGGCUGUGGCCGUGGCAUCACCGAAAGCAUCUGCAACAGCCGCGAGCCCGCAAGAAGGCAAUCCCAUGCCCGCGAUGCAGAAUGCAGCCGCAGCCGCAGCCCAUCCGGAAACACCAGCCACACAGAUGUAUGGUAGCGAAAUGCCCGCUGCCCAAGCCCAUGCUGAGACAAAGGAGACAGGCAAUUCUGAUGAUGAGUCCAAGGCCAAGGCCGCAAUGGAAGCCCAUCCAGAAGCCCUACAAGCCACACACCGAUACACCGACAGCGAAAUGACCGCUGCCGAUGCUGAGACAGAGGAAGAGUCCAAGUCCAAGGCAGCGGCAAAGGGCAAAGCUGAUGCUGGCGCCGAGGGGAGCUUGUCGUCUCCGAAGAAGUCAGCACCUUCACCGGAAGACAGCGAAAUGCCCCCUGCCGAUGCUGGGACGCCAAAGGGCAAAAUGCCCCCUGCUGAUGAGAGGAGCUUGCCGUCUCCGAAGAG